CUGUCGUGGGAGAGGCUGCAAUACAAAAAGAGGACAAUGAAGACCGUCGUUAGAAAUUGAGAGAGCAUGUUCGCGGCAACAAGGGGGAACCUAUUGUCUAACUUCACUUUCCUUAGACAACUCACUCGUCCUCUAAUGGCCGACGCCACAGCUUGGGCUUCUGCUUCCUUCUCCACUGGUUCUCCCCUCAACCCAUCUCUCAAGCGUGUUGGCACUCACAAUGGAAGCUUCCACUGCGACGAGGCCCUUGGCUGCUUCAUGAUUCGCCUCACUGAUAACUUCGCCAACGCCGAAAUUAUACGCACCCGAGACCCCCGGGUGUUAGAGGGUCUUGACGCUGUUCUUGAUGUAGGGGGAGUGUAUGAUCCUAGCCGAGAUAGGUAUGAUCACCACCAAAAAGGAUUUGAUGAGGUUUUUGGGCAUGGUUUCUCUACUAAACUAAGUAGCGCUGGUCUUGUUUACAAGCAUUUUGGUAAGGAGAUUAUAGCCAAGGAACUGAAGGUGAAUGAAGAUCAUCCAGAUGUUCAUCGCUUAUUUCUGGCUGUGUACAAGAGCUUCAUGGAGGCAAUUGAUGCUAUUGACAAUGGAAUCAAUCAGUAUGAUACAGACCAGCCUCCAAAAUAUGUGAACAAUACACAUUUGUCCUCAAGAGUAGGAAAGUGUAACUUAGAUUGGACAGAACCUGAUCAAUCACAGGACAAAGAGAAUGAAGCAUUUCAGCGAGCAAUGGCUCUUGCUGGCAGUGAGUUUCAGGAUUGUGUUCGAUUCCAUGCAAAAUCAUGGUUACCAGCUAGGUCCAUUGUAAUGGAGACCCUUGAAGCAAGGCAUGCUGUUGAUCCUAGUGGAGAAAUAUUAGUUUUGACAAAGUUCUGUCCUUGGAAGCUUCACUUAUUUGAGCUUGAGGAGGAGAUGAAAAUUGACAUUCCCAUCAAAUAUGUUCUCUAUACGGACGAGAGAAACAAAAACUGGCGAGUCCAGGCAGUUGCAGUGUCUCCCGAUAGGUUCGAGAGCCGAAAACCUCUACCAUCACAGUGGCAGGGUCUAAGAGAUGAUGAGUUGUCAAGGGUGGCUGACAUUCCUGGUUGUGUUUUUGUGCACAUGAGUGGAUUUAUUGGUGGACACGAAAAUUUUGAUGGUGCCCUAGCCAUGGCCAGAGCUGCUUUGAAGAUGUAAUUGGACAAGGGAUCUUAAGUCAAAGUCUGGUGGUUCAAUUUUGCAAAAAGCUUUCCAGGAUUUGAGGAUAUAGUUUAUCCAAUUGAAUUUGAGGCACGACACUAUAUUUUACAUGUAGUUUCUUCUCCUCAUAGUGGCUUGUAGAGAGUUAUGAAGGGGUGUCAAUCUUUUUAAUUGACAUUUUGGAAGUUUCAGGCA